CAGACACAAGUCCAGACAUACCUCUGAAAGAGCUGCCCUCAGUUGACUCAUGAUCAGUUACAGAAGCUACGAGUUUAUUGUCUGUUUCAAAUAUCGUGGAUUGUCUGGCAGAUUAAUUUACUAAACAUUUAUCAGCAAAAUCUCUUUACCAGGCUGGUUUUUACACUUUAAUAAAAGGCAUGGAGCACUGUGAAAACUGGGCCAAUGCAGCUUUGACCAACUGGUUAACGCAUGUUGGAAUCCAUCAUAUUGCUGACAUUCUGAGAAGUGAAGGUAAAUAUGAGAGUCCUUUUUUUUGCCAAGAAAAUGUUCCCUCAGAACUGGUAGCUGCUCAGAGGGAUGGCAAUCAACUAGAUUCCCAAGAUGAAUGUUACCCAGGUACUCCAUUCUGCCUAUUAGAGCAAAGUGGAUAUUUGUAUGAACAAGGAUCAUAUGGAGAGCAUGAAUUAUAUCAUAAGCAUUUCCCAUUAAGUACAGAAGAAAUUGAUGCAACUGAAGAAGGUGAAGAGCUACUUUUCAGCUCCAUCAGGACUCCAAAAUUUGAAAUGAGAGGUUCAGAGGAAGUAGCAACAGGAACAGUUUUGCAACGCUUAAUCCAGGAGCAUUUAAGAUAUGGAAACCCAAAUGAGAACAUGAACUUGCUGGCAAUACAGCAGCAAGCUACAGGGAGCACAGGGCCAACCAACAGCACUGGGAGCACACACUCUUCCACAGAGAACCUUGCGCAGGAAGAUCCGCAAAUGGUCCAUCAGUCAGCACGCCAAGAACCUCAAGGGCAAGAGCAUCAGGUGGACAACAGUGUGAUGGAGAAGCAAGCACGGGUCACUCUAGCUCAGCAGAAUAUUGAAGAACUACCAACCUAUGAGGAAGCCAAAGCACAGUCUCAGUUCUUCAGAGGGCAGCAGCAAGCAUCUGCUGGCCCUGGUUUCUAUGUUGCAGGGGUCUCUAAUCAAAAAACAAGAACUGAGGGGAGACCUACAGUUAACCGAGUAAGCUCUGGGCAGGUACACAAAGAUGAGGCACUAAAAGAACUUAAACAAGGUCACGUUCGUUCACUUAGUGAGCGUCUAAUGCAACUUUCUUUGGAAAGGAAUGGUGUAAAGUCACAUCCUCCUGCCUCAAACAACAAUCUCCCAUCCCAGCAAACCAACAAAGCCUUCAAGAAUGGGGGACAACCAUCUGCUCAAACCCCUACGAAAGGAGUAGACCUAAGAGGUCCUCCUCCAGAAUACCCUUUUAAAACCAAACAAAUGUUGCCAACACUUAAUCAGCCUCAUGAGUUUGGGCAUUUUUACAAUGAUCCACAUUCAGCGAAUCCUCAAGAAUUGCUUAAACCAUAUCCUGGAACUGUGGCAAUUAGACAAGAAGCAACAAUCCUAAGGUAUCAGUCACCACCAGAAUAUGGGUCCAGCAGGCAAUGCCAGGCAUUUUUCCAACCACUGCCAUCACAGCACCACAGCCCUAUGUCUUCCCAGAGCUCCUUGGAAAAGAGUCAGUUGCAACUUGCACUGUUGCAGCCUGCUCCUCCCCAAUCUCAACCACCUCCUGUAUCAAAUCAGCAGCUUUCAGUUGAUGCAGUUGCAAUUGUGGCACGAGCUCAGCAGAUGGUGGAGAUAUUAUCAGAAGAAAACCGUGCCCUUCGCCAGGAGCUGGAAGGCUUCUAUGAAAAAACUGCAAAACUACAAAAGUUUGAAAUGGAAAUCCAGCGGAUCUCAGAAGCCCACGAAAACUUGGUGAAGUCCACUACCAAGCGAGAGACUCUGGAUAAAGCCAUGAGGAAUAAAUUGGAAGGGGAAAUACGAAGGCUGCAUGACUUCAACAGGGACCUUAGAGAUCGCUUAGAGACUGCCAAUAAGCAGUUGGCCAGCAAGGAGUACGAUGGUACUGAAUAUAACAUGACAACAGAGGGCCAUUAUACGACACAGAACAAAGAGCACUUGAGGGAAGAGGAAAAGCUGGAAAUGGAACUGGCGACGAUGCGUUCAGCCAACGAGGACCAGCGGAGGCACAUUGAAAUCUUGGAUCAGGCACUGAACAACACCCAGGCCAAGGUGGUCAGGUUGGAGGAGGAGUUGAGGAAGAAACAAGUGUAUGUGGAGAGGGUGGAGAAGCUGCAGCACGCCUUGACACAGCUGCAAGCAGCCUGUGAAAAGCGGGAGCAGAUGGAACGAAGGCUGCGCACUCGGCUGGAGCGAGAGCUGGAAUCUCUCCGAGUGCAACAGCGACAUGGUGGCCCUCUAAUGGCUAACGUUCCCGAGUACAAUGCACCAGCAUUGAUGGAGUUAUUACGGGAAAAGGAAGAACGAAUCCUGGCCCUGGAGGCUGAUAUGACAAAGUGGGAGCAGAAGUAUUUGGAAGAAAGGGCAAUGCGUCAUUUUGCCAUGGACGCUGCUGCUACAGCCGCUGCUCAGAGGGACACCAAUAUAAUAAAUCACUCUCCAAAUAGCAGCUACAAUGACAGUUCACUGGAAGCACGAAACUGGAAAGAGGAAGAGGAGCAAAUGCAAUCAAAUCAAAGAUACCAAGAUUCAGAGCACGGGGUGGGAGAAGUUACAGGCUUCAACUGCAUCUCUAAUAGAAUAAAAAACCUUCAUGCACAGCUUAUAGAGAAAGAUGCCAUGAUAAAAGUACUCCAGCAGCGUUCGCGAAAGGAACCAGGGAAAAUUGAACCCGGAUCCCUAAGGCCAGGCAGGUCAAUCUCCUCUAUAUCUGGAAGCACUGGACUGCAUUCUCGCCAAGCAUCCCUGAGCAAUUCUCAGAUAAUAGAGGAAAAAAAGGAGGAAAAGGGCUGGAAGGGAAGUGUGGGAUUGCUUCAAAAUAAAGACAAUCAGGAAUCUUUGCGCGCCUCACUUCAAAUGACUGCACCUUCAAUCCCAGUGGUUUCUACACAUAUUAAAACUGGCAGUAAGGAUAACAGUACUCAGACAGAUAAAAGUCCUGAACUGGUCCGUCCAAGUAGUGCCCCAAUCCAUGGAAGAAGGCGGCUCAGCACAACUCCCAUCAGCAGUCCCAUUGUGAGACCGAAAUCAGCACGAGGCAGCGCAGAAAAAAUAGCAGAUGCUGCCAUUGUUCAUAUCAAAUCACAUGAGAACAAAGGAAGAGGCAGCUAUUCCUUCCAAAAACCUGACUUUGAUGAUGAUGUGGUAGAAAUCCUCAUUUAAGAACAGGAUGUUGCUGCUGCUCAGUCCAUGGAUGAUCGUAGCUUGCACUAAAGGCCGGAGAAUCAAAAAGAGUAUGGAUCUUCAGAAGUUGAGGAACUGUUUUAAAAUAAGACGACAAGCUGUUUGGAAGUAGAUGCAGUUGUCUCUGAGGAACUGUGGGAAGGAUUUUGUAUCUAGCUAUAUGCUGAGUGGAACAUGAUGUAAAUAAGUUGAGAACGUACAGAGCAAAGAGGAAGAUGGACAGAUGAGAUAAAAAGGAUUCGGUCAAUGUUUUUGUUUUGGAAUGUAUUUGAUGGACCUGUAAUCUUAAAGAUAUGAGCUAAGAGCACAGCAUCCUGAAUACUCUGUCUCAUAACAGUAUAUCUAUGCACUUAUCUUCUAUUCAUAUAGAAGUGGAUCAGUGUUCUUUUGGCUCUUUUGCACUUCUGCUGAAAACAAUGACCAUGUGUACACAGUACACAGUAUAAAGUAGCACCUUUAUUGCUUUUCAAUAGAUGAUUCAAUUGUGUAACUAUUGGAUAUAAAAAGGCAGAUGAAAAGCACAAUCUGUCACUAUUGCAUAGUGUAAAUCUGCUUUCUGUCUACUUCAGAAUUUUGCUGGUGUAAAUCUAAAGAGUAUGCUGCAUAAGGUUGAGUCCUGCUUUCUGUGAAUUCUAAACUCAGCAAAUGUAUUUUAUUAAACACCAAUUAGAGGAAAGGUCACUACUGAAAUAAUGGAUGAUGUGGCAUUUUAAAAGCAGGCUUUCUGGGAUAUACUAUAAUAAUCUAAUAGAAAUGUCUACAGUGUAUUUUUGUUACACAUACCACAAUCAAAGGCAACUAAAGCAAAAGCAGAAAAAUAAAAAUACAGGGUACCAGAAAUUAAAGCCACACCUUGCUCAUAAAUAACUCUGUCAUUGGCACUGCCCAUCACUGUAUAACUGACAAUCACUAUGGGUUUGCAGAUUACAACAGCAUUUACACUGUGGCAUAGUGAAUGAUUAAUCUCACUAAUUCUGAUUAAUUAAAAUAUUAUCAAAAGAGGUGAAAGAUUAUUUUAUGUACAAACACUGGAUUGCUUUAGGUAUUUAGUAGUUGUAAUGUUAAGUUUAAAUAUUAUUGACAAACAGUAAAAGUCAGGAUUAUAUUUUCUAUACAUACAGGUUAAAGUGACUAAUAUUGUCAGUUAGAUUUUCCCAGGGUCCAAUUACUCCCUGUUGGUAUAAAAACAGAUGACCACACUUGCAGCAAACUUGGACACAAGUGAACCACUUGUUCUGCAGACAUAUUGGUAAGAUUGCACCAUAUUUAAGAGGCAGGCUUUCUGUUAAAAUUCAGAACUACAUUAGAUAACAUACCUUAUGGUGACUGACAAAAUAUGACCAGAUGUUCUCUAGAUCAAAUUGCAUCAGGUUGUAGUUUGUUGUUCUCUGGAUUUGUGCAGAAGUUUACAAUAUAUACCAAAAUAUCCAUGCUUAUAUUGUGCAUGCUGACCAUCCAUCUAGUGAAAACCUGCCUGUUUUGGAACCCCAAUUGCUAUUCCCAGAUCCAGCUGAGAAGAAAGUAGGCUGAACACAAGUUCUCUGGCCUGGUCUAGCUGCACCUAUUUAAAUAGAAUCUCAAAGUAUAGACCCAAAAGGAUUCAGCACUUCUUCAGUUUGCAGAAACAGCAGUAGUUGCAGAACUAAGUGCCCCAUUAGAUUUUUUAAAGCCAUUAUUUAGUUGAGAGUGUGAUUAUCAUGUCUUAACCCAAAGAUAAAGAUCUCGGCAGAUUGGGAUAGUUAAAAGAUAAUUAAAAUGAAAACAGAUUUUUGAUGAAGUACAUGGUGGUAGAAUUUUCCCAGGAUUAUCUCCAAUCCCUGGCCAUAGCUUGGCAGAAAAUUGGUGGAAACCUUGAAGAAAUGACCUCAACAGCCAUUGAUGCUGUUUCUCCAGAGCUUCCAUUGAUUUUCUGCUGAAGUAACAAUGGGAGAUUGGAAAAACUCCUGAAGAGAUUCCAGGCAGUGGUUCUUGACCAGUGAAAAUAUUAACUUAAAUCAGAGAAUUUUAAAAUGAAGUUGAAUGGGUAUUACUGAAACCCGUUUAACCUUCAAUCUCUUGUAUUAGUUAUUUAGUCCAGUCUCAAAGCGGCAAGUCUGUGGCAGGCUGCUACUACUUGAAAUAAUGGUUAAACAUUCUGUUAAGUCUUAGGUGGUAAGUGUUUCUGGGUUAUUGAGUUAGUUCAUGAUAUCUGUGUCUAAGUAACAAUUGAGAAUCUACCUGUAUAUCUGCAGUUUAUUCGGAAAACUGCAAGGAUGACUGGAAAUGGGACAUAGUGGUGCAGUACUGGUACUUUGAAGUUAGUUCUAAGGCAUGUUGUUAGGGCAGUGUAGAGGAAACUGUAUAUCUGGACAUACUGUAUAUCAGGGGAGGCCAAACUGUGGCGCACAAGCCACAUGGGCUCUUUCACAGAUAAGCUGCAGCUUUACAGAUAAAGUGGGGAAGUUGUUAAGGAGAUUAAUCUGGAUCAUAGUGAGGAAUUGGGCAGGGCCCUGACAGGGCAUACAUAGCUGCAUCCACCAACCCAACUGUAAUGUGACUGGUCCAGCCCAAUUUCUGUGAUUCAGUGAUGCAGAGGCCAAGGCCCCAGUAGCUGCUGCCCCCAUGUGCAGCCUGCAGAGGGCCUUCCUGCAAUGGAUUGGCUGCCUGGUGCAGCCCCUUCCUCAAGAGUUGAUGCCGCCAGACUGGGUGAAAGCAGAGCCAGAUGAGAACGGAGACCUGGGACAGGGUGGAAGCUGAGAGCGGAGCUGAGGAGGUGGGGGUGGAGUGGUGGAGGCUGAGAAUUGGGGCCUGGGGUUUGGGCCCUGACAGCAGUCUUUUUCCCACAUCUGGGCAAGGUGGAGAAAUUUCAAAAUGUUUAAUCCACGUGCAGGAGGAGGGUGUAGUAAGAGGAGGGAAUGAGUGAGUGGGGAGGUGAGUGAGUGGGGAGGGAAAGCUCAUAAGUGUGUGCAAUAGUAAGGGUUGUCUGUGUCUUGUGGACCUCGAAUGUCUGGAGAUUAUUUAUGUGGCCCUAAGAUUCAGUAUAUUUGGCCACUCCUACUAUGCAUAUUGGGGGUAGAAAGGGUAAUAAGAAACUGAAGUAGGAAACUGUUUAAUUCCCAAUGUUAAUAUGUCUUCAAACAACUUUUUGAACAACAUUACGGACUACCAGAACACACAGGUUUAAGUAUUUUUACAUAUCAAGAACUAUACCUGUUUUCAAUCAAUGAACAGCAAUAUUUAUUUUAUUGCGCUGGAUCUUCUUUAACUGAAAAGCUCAUCGUCACCUAGUAUAUUUACUGUAAUUUGAUUGGCUUGUAGAUUUGGAGAUUGUACAAUGAUUUUUAUUUCUUUACAUAAAGCCAAAUUAUUUUAUGGUUCCAUCAGCCUCUACCAUAUUGAUAUAGUCUUUGACCACACAUACCAACAGCAAUCAUUGUGUAUGUGAAAAGGCAUAGACCUAGUUUUCCUGAAAUAGGUGCAGUUAUUGGUCAGAAAUGAGUUUUACUUUUCCAUGAUUGAAGGUAUACUACUUUCACUCAAUUUUCCAAGGUAAAUACAAUUGAUUAUUCAGUUAAAGGAGCAAAUUUGAAGUGUACUUGGAGCAUACUGGAGGUGGGAGUGGAAAAUCAUAUGUUAAAUUAAAUUUAAACUGGUGAUAACAAUUAAGUUGGAUUUUCAGUCGGUGACGAAAAUUGGGAAAGUGUUUGGAAAGACUCAAAAUGCUAUCUGCAGCCUUUAUAAAACAGACGGGCUGUGUGGGGAAGGGGAUACAACAAAGCAACAAACAAUUUUUUAAAAAAGGAAGCCCAAGGUUGGGACAAAAUUCAAAUAAUCAAUGUGUCGGCUAAUAAAAACAUAAGACCCAACAAAAAAGCUGUGGUUCAGAAAUGAGGAACUUUAACAUAACAGUCCCAUUUCCAAAACCUUCCUACCAUAUUCCUGCUAUCACUUAGCAAUGCUCGUUUAUUGAGCAAAUGUUCGAUGCCUGAACAUUUAGGAAUGAUGUGGUGUGCACUGCAACACCGGGAGACAUCCACACCCCCAAAUUUUAAUUUCAGUAAAGAUCCUACCAGCCUGGGUUGGCCACUUAGCCAAGUAGCAUUCCCUGGAAAUUGCAUGUUGCAAAAUAUUUGGAGAUUUGGCAAAAAUAGAUGUGUCUGGCUUUACUGAUCAGGUCUACCCUAUUUACAGAAAAUGCUGGAAAAACUCAGCAGGUCUGACAGCAUCUGUGGAGAGAGAAACAGAGUUAAAGUUUCAAGUCUGUAUGACCCUUCUUCAGAUGUUAACUCUGUUUCUCUCUCCACAGAUGCUGUCAGAACUGUUGAGCAUUUUCUGUUUUUAUUUUAGAUUUCCAACAGCUGCAGUAUUUUGCUUUUAUCUACCCGCUUUACAUUUGUUGCCAGCAUCCUUCCACCUGUGUAAGAUGAUGGACAUGCAGCAUAUCAAAUCUGGGGUAGCUUCAUAUGGUGCACAUUUACUGAUGGCUGAAGAGGCACCAUUUAUAUUUGUAAACUGGGUGAAUCAAUAGGAAACUCCAGGCUAUAUGAUCCCAAAAUGGUUUGAAAACUUUCCAUUUAUAUCAGGAGGGAUGGCAGGGGGUGGAGUGCCCAUCAUCUUCAUGACUCCUUCCAAUUCAGUCAGGGGCAGGGAAGUUCGAGACUGGCCAGAAGCCAAUUUAAUGGCCACUUAAUGGCCUCAUCCUGUUACCACUAUCCUGAGUCGGUGGAGGAGCAGGGUGCGUAUGCCACAUGGGGAGGACACCCAGUAAAAAUGGGCAACCUCCUUGUAAGCUUGGGUUGAGGGGGAGCUUCCAAUUGGACACCCUGUAGCCCAUGGAGUCCCCACUUCCCCAACCCUCCUGAACCCUGUUGGCAAAGUUAACUGUCUAAUGGGUAUGUAAUUGUGUGGGGCUUUUGAGCAGAGUGGGGUAGCCCCUGGUCUUCUGGUUGGUGGACAGGGCCAACACCACAGCCAUUAAAUUCAGUAUGCAAAAUUCAAGUUGGGCAAUUGGGUGAAGCCUAUUGACCAAAUAAAACACUGGCAUGCAAACCUCAACAAUUUUCAUAACAUUUCACAAUUACAUAGUACCUGUUUUAGAUGUUUUUUAAUAACCUUCCUAUUGAGGAAAAGUGCAACAUUUUCCAGAAACCUGAUUUUGGCCAUCAUAUUAUACACUUGCUGAUGUUUACUUUCUAAUUGUUUGCUGAGUUCAUUCCAGACAGCACUUUGUUUUAUUUUUGGCUGACUUGUGUAAAAAUGUUUGUAUUAAUUGGUACAGUUAUGAACAAACCUAUUGUCACAGAGGAGAAAGGCAAUGGCUGGCCAGUGCUGUACAGGUAGCUGAUUAUAUCAAGGAUAUGUUUUUGUACAGUCAUCAUUGGGGGAAAAAGGACUUAACGUCACAAAGCUAUUUGUUAACCAAAGUGUCUUUUUUUGUCUUUCUUGCUUCAUUUUUGAACAUUUGCUUAUUGUACAUAAUAAAAACAUAAUAUA